CUCAUCUCGACCGGUUCCCACCUCUAAAUAUCGGCAGUAUGAUGACGGCUUCAACCUCGCCGGGCCUCAAAGGCCCAGGCGGAUCUUGGGAGCAGCUCCGAAAAGAGGCCCGUCAAUUGGAAAACCAAAUCGACGUCAAGCUGGUCUCCCUCAGCAAAUUGGGAUCAAGUUUGAGUAGCUCGACAGCCUUGAGCGCCUCUUCGGAUAAAGCGCCGCUUUUGGACGAUUCCCAGAAUUUGGUUGGUGAUGCUUCGGCCGAGGUCGCUGAUCUGCUGGCCCGUUUGGCACAAGUCAACGAAGGCAUGGCGGAUUUCGCCGCGCACCAAAGUCAGAGUGCGGCCAUUCAUCAUACCUUACAGAGACACCGCGACAUCCUGCUCGAUUACCGCCAAGAAUUCAACAAGACCAAAGCUAACCUUGAGGCCAUCGCUGAACGAGAGGAUUUGUUGUCGAGUGUGCACAGAGAUAUCAAUGACUAUCGCAAAGGCGUCGCCGAUGGUGGUACGGGCAGGUCGAAUAAACGAAUGGAUCUGCUUCUGAAGGAAACGGAAAGUGCUAGGAAUUCCGAACGUCUCAUCGAUGAUCAGAUCAAUAUCGCCAUCGAGUCGCGAGAGACCCUCGUGAGCCAACGAGUCGCGUUCAAGGCCAUCCAGACCAAGUUGAAUGAUAUUGCCAAUCGUUUUCCCGUCAUCAAUAGCCUGGUACAGAAGAUCAAUAUUCGUAAGCGACGCGAUACAUUGAUCCUGGGUUUGGUGAUCGGCCUAUGUCUAACCUUUUUGAUUUGGUACGCGUUCUGGUGAGGCCUACCCAUCAAGGCAAAACCUUCAACUGUGAUGUUUUCAAGUGUUGUCUUGUGCAUAGUUAUAUAUCUAUCUGAUACGCCCGAUUUUGGUGAGGCGAAACCAACCGAUUUUUCCUUUAAAUAAACCUGCCCCAAUAUGGAGGCUUGUUUUCCAUAAAGCAUA